AUGGCCGCCUCCUCCGCCGCCCCGGCCCAGCCUCCUCCUCCGUACUGCGCGCUACCUUUUGCUCCUCCGCCGGCUUCGGCCCGUCUCCUCCGUCCUCCAUAUUCGGCGACGGCACCGAGGUCGCCAACGUUCCACCGCUCACCACACCCAAGCUCUUCGUCAGCGCUAUGCUCAGUAACAAUACUCUCUCAGCAAGCAGCAGGCCUUUCAAGGCUAACAACAGAUGAGAAGCUCCAGGGUGCAUUUGCUCCUUUCGGGAGGCUCCUUGAAGCAAAAGUGGUGACGGAUAGAGUUUCUGGGAGGUCAAAGGGUUUCGGUUUCGUGAGAUAUGCCACCAUAGAAGAGGCCGAGAAAGCGCGGCAGGAGAUGAACGCCAAGUUUCUGGAUGGAUGGGUCAUCUUCGUUGACCCUGCCAAACCAAGGCAGCCAAAGCCCGCUCCUGAGCAGGACACCCGUUCCUCUCAUGCUGGCUUCACGACGAACAAGACUGUAGGAUGGUGCGGCUAG